AUGCCUCGAAAGGUUGAUAAUGGACUUGACGGAGGACCAAGUACCGCUGUAUCUUCCACUCCCUUUGCCCUGGGUUACGACAUGGCGCUCAGAUAUAACACCGACGGACUCGGCUUCCUCUAUGUCGGCUUAGUGAUUGCAUGGACAUGUCUCUUGCUUCCAGCUGCUAUCUUCCUCGUCAGAAACCGGCACCUUCCCUUCCUUCGCAUGCGCAACAUCCCAUUGGCAGUCAGCGCCGUGGCUGUCCUUCACGUAUACUGGGUCCUGUGCAUGAUCGCUUAUGUCUUGAAUGGGUUCUUUCCAUGCGCGAGUGAAUAUUGGAUAAUGAGCAUUUACCUACCUCUUGGUAUCGCUUUGUUCCAAGCCACCAACACACAACUGUUUGCAAUCGCCACGGCACAGAAGAGAUAUGUCCAGGGAAACAUUGCAGUGACGACGAAAGAGACAAGGGCAAGAGGAUGGCGCAAAUACCUUCAGAAGCUCAAGACUUACAAUGCAACAAAGAAUACCAUGACGUGGAUUGGCAUCGGCAUGAGCGUUCAGAUUCUGUGUGCCCUGAUUAUCUUUCUAGUUUCCAGGAAAUUCCACCCUAGCUUUGGCACAACCGGUGUGGUCACCACGAGAGCUGGCUGCCGACGAGGCUGGGAGUGGUGGCCAUCCAUUGCCUGGCAGAUAUUUUGGUCCUGGAUCUAUGCACCAGUGCUUUUAUGGCGCGUUAGAACCAUUCGUGAUGUACAUGGAUGGCGAAAGCAGACUAUUGCAUGUAUCGUUGCUGGACUGCCUGCUUCUCCUAUGUGGCUGAUUGCUCUUUAUGCGAAGGGUAUGAAGAAGGUCGACACAUAUUUUGUACCCCCUCUGUGGUUUUCGGCCUCCAUUGUUAUUAUGCAAGGAUCAGUUGUGUUCGUCCCAUUCUCCCAAGUAUUCAAGAAUCGAAGACUCGAAAGUGAAACACGAGAGAUCAUUGCCGAGUGGGAAGAGAAGCAGAAACAAGGUGGCUCUCUCGCAACAUCCAAUUCAAGCCAGACUGCGGUACGGUCUAGAAUGUCCACGCGCGUUUCCAUGAAGAGCACCGCCAGCACGAACCCACGACAGGGUGAAAUGUACACCAUGAGUGCUCUAGAAAAGACGCUGAAACUCAACCCGCAGCCGCUGCUCAUGUUUUCAGCUCUGAAGGACUUCUCCGGAGAGAACAUCAGCUUUCUAAUUCACAUCCGCCAAUGGAAGGCCAAAUGGAACACGGAUAAGCGCAAAUCGACCAUGCUUCGCAAGACUUCUCACGACAAGACUGCCGAUUCAGAGCUGGUGAGACAACAAUUCCAACAAGCCGUUGGCAUCUACGCCUCCUUUGUCAGUUUGAAGUAUUCCGAUUUCCCAAUCAAUAUUUCGUCGGCGCAUCAGCGAGAACUGGAGGUCAUGUUUGAACAAUAUGCGGCUCUAGUGUGCGCUGAGCCGGCCUCGAACGCAGCCACGCCUUUUGAGAAUUACUGGUCAUCGACCUUCUCUGACGAUCUCGAGAGCCAAGCAGGGAAAGACCAAUUGUCAUUUGAAUCAACUGCCGUAUCCGACAGCGAGCACCAAGAAUCACGGCCCGAAUCAAUGCAAGCUCGCCAAUUGCGAGAACUAAGGAUGACCAAUUUUGGAGAUCGACUUCCUGCCAACAUCGGUAUCCCCGACACUUUCAACGCUACCGUGUUCGAUAAAGCCGAACUAAGCAUCAAGGAGUUGGUCCUCACCAACACCUGGGCCAAAUUCGUAAAGGCCGGAUUUGCACAGAAUGCCGAGAAACGCGGCUUCGAGGGUCAAUUCCGAGCCGUCAUAAGCGCUUGCCGACUCAAAUUUCCCAAGCGAGGUCGCAAGUGA